AUGGAUCGUAGUUCGGGUGGAGGUAGCGGAGCUGUGAGCGGACCCUCUGCGGCUCAGCUCCCCGGGGAACGACGCGCCGGACCGGGACGCGUCUGCGGCUUCAUCCCGCCGGACUACCGGAGCGAGCUGGUGCAGCUCCUGAAACUGGCAGGGGACCGGUGGCUCCUGUGUUUGAUAUCGUUUUUACAGGUUCUUUCUCAGCUGAUGGUGUUCAUGAUCAGUAUCAUCAGUGUGGUGUUCUGUGGUCAUCUAGGAAAAACAGAGCUGGCGGGAGUUUCACUGGCUUCUGCGGUGGUCAACUGCACUGGAAUUUCUAUUGGCACUGGUUUGUCCGCCACCUGCGAUACCCUCAUAUCUCAGACCUACGGCAGUGGUAACUUGAAGCGCGUGGGUGUGAUUCUCCAGAGGGGCGUUCUGAUUCUGCUGCUGGCCUGUUUCCCCUGCUGGGCCGUCCUCAUCAACACUGAGCCUCUCUUACUCGCUGCCAAGCAGAGCCCAGAAGUCGCCAGUCUUGCUCAGCUGUAUGUGAAGAUCUUCAUGCCGGCCCUUCCAGCUGCUUUUAUGUACAUGCUGGAAGGGAAGUAUCUACAGAAUCAGGGAAUUAUGUGGCCUCAGGUCAUAACUGGAAUAGCGGGAAACGUCCUCAAUGCAAUCUUCAACUACAUCUUCCUGUAUCCUCUGGAGCUGGGUGUGGCUGGAUCAGCAGCAGCCAAUGCCAUCUCCCAGUACAUGCUGGCUUUAAUUCUCUACGUUUACAUCUGCUGGAGGGGUCUUCACAAAGCCACAUGGGGAGGCUGGUCCCUUGACUGUCUGCAGGAGUGGGACCUCUUCAUCAAGUUGGCCAUUCCCAGCAUGCUCAUGGUCUGUCUGUCGUGGUGGAUAUUUGAAAUCGGAGGAAUCUUGGCAGGAAUGAUCAGUGAGGUGGAGCUGGGCGUUCAGUCCGUUGCGUACCAGCUCUGCAUUAUGGCGUACAUGUGCCCUCUGGGGUUCUCUGUCGCUGCCAGCGUGCGUGUCGGAAAUGCUCUCGGUGCAGGAAACACAAGGCAGGCCAAGCUAUCCUGCAAGGUCCCCAUCGUCUGUGCAUUUGCAAUUGCUUGCUUUGUUGGACUUUGCUUCGCCAUCGGCAGAAAUGUCAUUGGAUACGUUUUCACCUCGGAUCAAGAAAUUGUUGAGAGAGUUGCAGAUGUCAUAUAUAUAUCUGGGUUUAUGCAUGUCGGCGAUGCCACCGCGGCUGUGGCUGCAGGAGGUCUCAGAGGAGCAGGGAAGCAGCUCUUUGGUGCUGCAUGUAAUUUCGUUGGGUUCUAUAUCAUUGGGUUCCCAAUUGGCGUGUCCCUCAUGUUUGCUGCAAACAUGGGGAUUGAAGGAUUCUGGCUGGGACUUACCAUUUGCGUGGUCCUGCAGGCCGCUUGCUUUAUCACAUUUUUGUGCAAACUUGACUGGAAAAAAGCUUCAGAAGAGGCUUGCGUGAGAGCAGGAGUCCUCGUCAUAGAAGACGAAGACGCGCUGGAUUUGGAACGUUCUGGAACAAAUCGUGACGGGAGCCGGGUCAGUACCAUGUGGUCAAAGCCUGCGGAGGAGGGGGACGUGGAUCCAGGUGUUUCCGGUCCACACCAGAGAACAUUCAUCACGGUCACAGUGGGAGAUGUUCUGUCAGGAAAACAACUGUUCGUACGGCGAGGCCUGGCACUUGUGAUCAUGAUCAUCAUCCUUGUGGUGGGAGUUGUCCUCAGCGACUGGCUCGUCAGCAAAUUAAAGUGACUAAAGUGAUGGAAAAUUUAGCCUUGGCCACUUGAUUAAACCAAAAAUACUGUGAGAAGGAAAUUUAACCUUGAACAGAGAACAGAGACUGCAGACUGGUACUUUGUCCCGAAAAGAUUAACUCUGUUGUUCUGAACUGUAAGGAUUAAUCUUCAUUUAUGCUUUAAAGUCAUUAUGCUUCCUUUGUUUCAUUGUUAUUCUGCAUCGAGACGCCUGAUGUAUGUUCUGACCCUAUUGCAUGCAACAGCUUAAU